AGGAGGGGCGUGAUCACGACGGACGGCGGAGAGCCGCGCUGCGGGAGGAGCGAGCAGCGUGUUUCCGGUAAGAGCGACACAACAGUGCCACUGGAAACGUUCUGGAGUCGUCUAUCGAGCGGCGCGGAACACACGCGGCAAUGGAAACCGAGUUUCGGGAAAUCGAUGAGCUCGGGAACUGGAACGCCGUUUACCAGGAGAUUAGGCAGCAGUCCAGUGACCUACCAUGCAAGAUCGCCAAACUUCCAGAAAACAGAAGUCGUAAUCGCUACAGAGAUGUCAGUCCGUUUGACCACAGCCGUAUUCGUCUACAGAUCGGCAGUAAUGACUACAUCAAUGCCAGUCUGAUCUCAGUGGAUGAAGCUCAGAGAAACUACAUACUAACUCAGGGUCCGUUACCAAACACCUGUGGUCAUUUCUGGGAGAUGGUGUGGGAGCAGCGCUGCCGAGGGGUUGUGAUGCUGAAUCGUGUUAUAGAGAAAGGCUCGAUAAAGUGUGCUCAGUAUUGGCCUCAGCGAGAGGAGAGGGAGGGUGUUUUUGAAGACACAAAUUUCAGACUUACUCUGAUCUCAGAGGAUGUGAAAUCGUACUAUACAGUACGACAGCUGGAGCUGGAAAAUCUGUCGACACAGGAAACACGGGAGAUUCUUCAAUUCCAUUACACCACAUGGCCAGAUUUUGGUGUGCCAGAGUCGCCUGCAUCUUUUCUCAACUUCCUGUUCAAAGUGCGUGAGUCGGGCUGUCUGAAUCCAGAGCACGGCCCUGUUGUGGUCCACUGCAGCGCUGGUAUCGGCCGCUCUGGAACGUUCUGCCUUGUAGACACCUGCCUUUUACUGAUGUCUCAGAGGAAAGAUCCAACAUCAGUACGCAUACAGCAGGUUUUGCUGGAAAUGCGACAAUACCGCAUGGGUCUGAUCCAGACAGCCGACCAGCUGCGUUUCUCUUACCUCGCCGUCAUAGAGGGUGCCAAGUACAUAAUGGGAGACACGUCUGUACAGGAGUCAUGGAAGGAGUUAUCAAAUGAGGAGGAUCUUCCCCCCGAAUUCACUCCUCCUCCCAGACCACGGCCCCGAAUAGACCCCCCAAAUGGCAAAGGAGACCUGGUGAACUCUGACACCACACACUUCUUCAGUGAGAUGAUAAAAAACAACGCAGAAAUCUGUGCAAACAGUGCGCCCCAGACAUUCACAGAUGGGCAAGAGCUUCGCAGACGGGCAGUUGCAACCUGUGACCUCAGAGCAUCAGAGUUGAUAAGUGAACCUGAUGAACCAAUUGUCGCAAGAGAAGCCCCUCCCAAACCUGCACGGUCUCCGCCCAGGUCUCCUCCCAAGACUCCCACGGAAGAGGUCGCUCCUGUUGCUGCCGAUGGAGCGUGGAGCCCCCUGCUGACCAGUGUGUUUGUGUGCACGGUACUGGCUGUAGGUGCUUAUGCCUGUUACCACACCUAUUUCCACUGAUGCCCUCUUUUUCCCCCAUCCGUCUCUUUCUCUAUUCCUCCAUGUGCUGGCUAUUGGUGGGAAAAGAAAAAGAGAGACACACACAGACAUUCACACUUUUUCAGCUGGACCCGUCUCACUCUCUCCAAACGUCUUUGGGAAAGAGUUUCAAAGACUUUUCUUAGCCAAACUGCUGUUGUCUCCCUAUAUACACACACACUCUUACACACAAUCUAAUAAACACGUGUCCGUUUAAAACCUCAGGGCCUCACAAUUCAGGUGUUGCUACCCAAACGUUAAAACGAAACGUUUUGAAAAUCCAAAAGACUCUGUUAAUGCUGCAGUAAGUAAGGGAAAUUUGUGUGUGUGUGUGUUUAUGUAUCUCAAUCGUAUUUUUUUCUUUAAUUUUUAAGUCUCGGAUAAGGCUGCACAGGAAGUGAGCUCUUCUUAUACAUGCUGAAAACACAAAUCUGCUGUACAUGAUAGAAAACAUCUUUUUUAAUUUGUGUGUCCUGGAGUAAAGGGAGAUCAUGAGUAAUCUGGGAUGUCUGAUACCAUCUAGGCUACUGUCAAAGCAGAAAACAUCCCAAAAGCUUUUCCCAGCCUCAGAUUUUGUUUAUACCCCAAAGGUGACACUGGCACUUCAUCUGGGUGAGAAAAAAGGUCAAGUGACUGACGCAUUGGCCUCUCGUUCAUUCGUUUGUUUUCUUUGUCAAAUCCAUCGCCUUUCAAACUAAAGUUUCAGACCAUUUAAAAUGCUGGAGCUGGUGUCUUAACUUGGAUGCCACAUUCAGAACAAUCUUCAGAAUGCAAUUCACUUAAUGCCUGGAAAUUAAGAUAAAGCAAACCUGGCUGAUUGAAUGUAAAAACAAAAAUGUGGCAAAGCCAGACCAGCAGAUGGCAGUAUUGAGCAAAAUGAGUUUUUUUUUUUUUUCAUUUGUAUUACCCUUUUUAGGGCAAUUUUAUUUUACCUUUUUUCUAAUGCAGUACAGAUACAUUCAUCAUUCUGGCCCUUUUCAUGAUGUGCAUUGAGCGCAGAAGGUCAGACUAGCCAAAAAAAUAAAACAAAACACCAGCACUGAAUGAAUACAAAGAGAGAAACAACCAUUGACUGUCUUUGGGUUUUACUGUUUUAUUAUAUUAUUGUCAUCAUAGUAAUUAUUAUCAAGAGAUAUUAAUGACAGAUGGGCAUAUACAUUUCCUUUUAAUCAGAACCCAGAACUUUUACUUUUAAACAAUGUGUGAACAAGUCUAAUGCAGUAAUCUCAAAACAAAUGAAGCCUCUUCUUUAGGUGUAUUGAGGCCUGAAACGCUUUUAAUUGUGACUUUGCUUUGUGUGGGGACUGUUUGCCUGCUGCUUGACCCGUCCAGAAGAGGUGGUUUUUCCUGUUUGAAGGGGUUCAGUCAGUGUUUCAGAGACUGAAGCAGUCGAUGUUUGGUUUGAAGGUUCUGUUGUAACACAGUGCCACCAUUCAUCGCAGUGUCUCACCGGAUCCGGUCCCAUUGCUGGACCACAGAAUGUAAAGUCUCUCUUCUUGCCAGCUUUAUUUACACACACACAUAUAUAGAGAAAUGUAUUUGUCUGUGUCCUUGUUUGUCGUCUUUCAGUUAUUUUUGGACUGGUAAACAUCAGAUUUCCUUGGCCUUUGUAUGGGGCUUAAGAAUUUAUUUCCCCCUCCUAGCAUCAUCAUCAUGUUGUUGUUUUUUGUAAGAAAAGCAUAUGCUUUGUUCCAGUGGGAUGUAUUGACAUUUGAAAUUUUAUUUUUUGGACAGAAUACAGAUCAGACGCUGUGGUAAUAAACAUAUAAAUCUCUGA